AUGCUCCACUCCAGCCCCAGCCUCGACCUUAACGUUUCCCCUUCCGCUCCAACUGACGCUCAACCAACACCUUGCACCAUCAAAUGUUCCUGUCCAUAUUUACUUAAUACCCUGGACGCUUCAAAUCCUUCUUCUCACUCAUCAGCCCUUCCCAAAUUGUUCAUUUUCUAUCUAUCUAUCUAUCUAUCUAUCUAUCUAUCUAUCUAUCUAUCUAUCUCAGUCUGUUCGUAUCUAUCUAUCUAUCUAUCUAUCUAUCUAUCUAUCUAUCUAUCUAUCUCAGUCUGUUCGUAUCUAUCUAUCUAUCUAUCUAUCUAUCUAUCUCAGUCGGUCUAUCUAUCUAUCUAUCUAUCUAUCUAUCUAUCUAUAUCAGUAUACGUAUAUCUAUCACAUUCUGUUCAUAUCAUUCCAUAUCUAUCUAUCUAUCUAUCUAUCUAUCUAUCUAUCUAUCUAUCUCAGUCUGUUCGUAUCUAUCUAUCUAUCUAUCUAUCUAUCUGCAUAAGCAAUAAUCAUACUUCGGCAGGUCGAUCUAUCUAUCUAUCUAUCUAUCUAUCUAUCUAUCUAUCUAUCUAUCUAUCUAUCUAUCUAUCUCAGUAUACGUAUAGCUAUCACAUUCUAUUCAUAUCAUUCCAUGUCUAUCUAUCUAUCUAUCUAUCUAUCUAUCUAUCUAUCUAUCUAUCUAUCUAUCUAAGUGUUAUGGGAUACCCAUAA